GCCGGGCACACAUCUACAGGGCUGAGGACCCCGCUGCUGAGCGCCUCCAUCCUGCACUGAUACCUCAUCUCCCCUAACAGGACACAGACAUGAAGAUCUGGAGCUCGGAGCAUGUGUUCAGUCACCCAUGGGACACAGUCAUUAAGGCAGCCAUGCGGAAAUAUCCGAAUCCCAUGAAUCCUUGUGUAGUAGGUGUGGAUGUCUUUGAUCGGAGUCUGGAUAACCAAGGAAGGCUACACAGUUAUCGUCUCCUCAGCACGGAGUGGAGGCUGCCUGGCCUUGUGAGGGCGAUUCUUGGAACCAGCAGAACUUUGACAUAUAUUAAGGAGCAUUCUGUAGUGGAUCCAGUAGAAAAGAAAAUGGUCUUAAGUUCCACAAAUAUUUCACUUACAAAUUUGGUGUCCGUUGAUGAAAGGUUGGUUUACACCCCCCACCCGGAAAAUCCAGAAGAGACAGUACUGACACAAGAAGCCAUAAUUACUGUAAAAGGAGUCAGCUUAAGCAGUUACCUGGAAGGACUAAUGGCCAGCACUAUCUCAUCAAAUGCAAGAAAGGGGUGGGAUGCAAUUGAAUGGAUCAUUCAGAACUCUGAGAGCACAGUAAGCUAACAGUGACCGUCUCCGCUUUUUAUACUGACAAGGGAACAGUCAUUGACGCACUACUGACAUCGCGAAUGUACCUUCAAUGAAUGCUGUAUGAUCGCCAUUACGGACCAAUAACUUUUCCUCCAUCGAAAAUAUCUUCUAAUUCAUAUUUUGUAUGAAUAGUUUUU